AGAAGUGCACGAUACAGGACUUUUAUUUUGAUCUGACGGUGUGACGUCUUAAGGAUGCGCCGCGCUGGGAUUCGGCUGAAGAAAGAAAAAAACUCUUGAUUAAACAACUGGGAUCCACGUGGUAUACCAUUAUCAAGAUGGCAGUUAUUAAAGAGGAGAGUGAAGACAUGAGGAUUGAAGAAACAUUCAAAAUGAAACAAGAAGAUACUGAGGAACAUACAGACCCAAUGCAGCUGAAAGAGGAGAGUGAAGUACUGGAGAUAACUGGAGAAAAAUCGUUUAGUUGCCCACAUACUGAAAAGACUUCCUCACAACAAAGAGCUCAAAAUACUGGAACUAGAAAUGAUAUCUCCUGCUUUCAGUGUGGAAAGAUUUUCAGUCAACAUGGAAACCUUCAAGUCCACAUGAGAAUUCACACUGGAGAGAAGCCUUACACCUGCCAACAGUGUGGAAAGAAUUUCACUCAAAAAGGAAACCUUAAGACUCACAUGAGAGUUCACACUGGAGAGAGCUCUUUCAUCUGUCAUCAGUGUGGAAAACAUUUUAACAAAAAAGCAAACCUUCAAGUCCAUAUGAGAGUUCACUCGGAAAAGACGUUUUUCAACUGCCCUCAGUGUGGAAAAAAAUUUAACAGAAUAGGAAACCUUAAUUCCCACAUGAGAAUUCAUACUGGAGAAAAGCCGUACACAUGCUCUCAAUGUGGAAUAAGCUUCACUCAAAUAGGAAACCUUAACAGGCAUAUGAGUAUUCACACUGGAGAGAACCCUUUCAACUGCAAACUGUGUGGAAAAUAUUUCGUUCGAAAAGGAAGCCUUACAAGCCACAUGAGAAUUCACACUGGAGAGAAGCCUUACACAUGCCCUCAAUGUGGAAAGAGUUUUACACAUAAACCAGCUCUUAAUGCCCACAUGAGAAUUCACACUGGAGAGAAGCCUUACUCCUGCAAAGAAUGUGGAAAGAGUUUCAAUCAAAAACAAAACCUUAGGGUCCACAUGAGAAUUCACACUGGGGAGGUCCCUUUUUCCUGCCAACAGUGUGGACAGUGUUUCACUCAAAAAGGAAACCUUAAAAAACACAUGAAAAUCCACACUGUAGAGAAGCCUUUCACCUGUGAACUGUGUGGAAAGAGCUUCACUGUGGAACUAAACCUUAGGUAUCACAUGAAUAAUCACACUGGAGAGAAGCCAUUUACAUGUGAUCUUUGUGGAAAGUGUUUCAGAUAUAAUGUAACUCUUAAUUCCCACAUGAGGAUUCACUCAAGAGAAGACUGUUUUAUAUGUAAUCACUGCGGAAUGAGCUUCCCAGACAUGAAACACUUCAAUAAGCACACAAUAAUUCAUUCUGGAGGGAGACCUUUCAAAUGUCACCAGUGUGGAAAGAGUUUUCGAUUAAAAAAAGCCUUUAAGACUCACAUGAGAGUUCACACUGGACAGAGCCUUUACAGCUUCUCGCAAAAAAGAAAUCUUCAGUCUUACAUAAGUGUCCACUCUGGAGGAAGGCCAUUUAAUUGUCAUCAGUGUAAUAAAAAAAUUAUUUUGGCAUCACACUUACAGAUACACCUGAAAAGUCAUGCAGAUGUGAGACCAUAUUCUUGUUCUUUGUGUAGAAAGCGUUUCAAAUGGCUCAGCAAUUUAAAAUGGCACCAGAAAGUACGAAUCUGUGUAAAAUUAAGACUGCGUUCAUAUCGCAGCUGAAUGUGGGCCAAAUCUGAACAUUACAUAUAGGCGCAAGGAUUAUUUGAUUAAGUUCUGAGCUACAAAUGAUUAGUGUGAGAAUUAAUCUGCACUCAUUAAAGUCCCCCUGUAGACAUUUUUUUUUUUUUAUCUCUUAAAACUCAUCUUUGAUCAUCAAAAUGACAUAUUUAAAUGUUUUUUCUUGUGAAAAUAAUUUUCUUAUGCCUUAAAAUAGCUUGAAUGUAACUCUACACCCUUGCAUCAUUUACUAUUCGCGGAUCUAUGAAUGCACAAAUUAGCCCCGCCUCCACUCAGUCACACCAGCCAGGGCGUCCUGAUCCACUGAACUGUAGUAAAUGUAACACAAAGGCAAGUGGAAAUAUUGUUUUAAUUAAGCCAUAUAUGUUUGAACCAGAAACUUAUUCAGAAGAAGAAUUAUACAGGGUCGUUGUCGAUGUACAUACAAUGUCAUUACAAGUUGAUGUAUCAGAAUGGUCAUUCGUUUUAUCGCUCUGUCAGACACCUAAUGUAAUUUUUAUAAUUGACCCUUGGCUUCACUAUGUUAUCAAACAGCUAAUAAUUACUUACUUGACAUUGUUGUGUCCUCAAUAUGCCUCUAAGACUCAAAUGCAGCCAAGGUCGUGAUUCCAAUUGGCACCCGCGAGCAUAAAAUGCUGAAAAAUGCAAAUUUGGAGAAUUCUAUGAGGCCAAGGCUAUGACUAAUCAAAACAAGAGCCAAGCAUAACUUACAAAAUGCAUUAAAUGACAGAAAACGCCUUAUUCUCUGUUUUCUUUUUCUUUUUUUCUUAUAAUAUUUCUGUGCUGUUACAUGUUUCCUUUCUAAAAUUGAACAACAGUCACCCAAUUUCCCCUCGGAUUAAUAAAGUGUUGAUAAAUUCACAUUACAUUGAAUAGAAUUAAAAUAAAUUAAUUAA